UGGAUGCGCAUGUAGGCGGAAGGGUUCCUACAAACAGCGCAGAGUGAGUGGUUUGGUAGCGGCUGCAGCAGCAGGAGGAAGGACGGUGGUUCUACCCCUAGUGUCUUUCAGUUUAGGCAGAAAAUUAUAUCGGUGUGCCCAUUUUGAUAGUAAUCGGUGAUUUGAGUAUUAGACAAAGGGAUUAUUUGAGAUAUAUUUCGAAGAAUUUCCUUCCGGACAGAGACCGGAACCGCCAUUUUAAUCGAGUAUACGUUUUCGGUGACGGCAGCACUAGCACAAUACAAUGGCUCUUAAAAGAAUUCACAAGGAGUUGAAUGACUUGGCACGGGACCCACCAGCCCAGUGUUCUGCAGGACCAGUAGGAGAUGACAUGUUUCACUGGCAAGCCACAAUAAUGGGACCUAACGACAGUCCUUAUCAGGGUGGGGUAUUCUUCCUGACCAUUCACUUUCCCACAGACUACCCCUUCAAACCGCCAAAGGUUGCGUUUACCACAAGAAUCUACCACCCAAAUAUCAACAGCAACGGCAGCAUCUGUCUCGACAUCCUGCGAUCACAGUGGUCUCCCGCCCUAACCAUCUCCAAAGUUCUUCUCUCAAUCUGCUCUCUGCUGUGCGACCCAAACCCGGACGACCCCUUAGUACCGGAGAUCGCCCGCAUCUACAAGACGGACAGGGAAAAGUACAACAGAAUAGCUCGGGAAUGGACACAAAAGUAUGCAAUGUAGUGUUGGAGUAGAAUCAUGGCGAAACCACCUGUACAACUAAGGUUAGGGGAGCUUUGAAAGUAAAGAGAAGUUAAAACGGAUCUUGUUGGUUUCCAUUGGAGUGCUUUCUUUGAGCCACGCCUCCCCUUAACCAGAGCACCUCCCUCUUUCCUGCCCUUUGCCCCCUCCCUUUACGACCAAUUCUCCACCCCACUUAACCUGGCAGCCAUGGUGUACAUAUUCUCAAACUGCAAUCAUGCCCCUUGCGCUCCCCUCCUUAUUCCUGGUCAUAUCUCUGAUGCAGGCUGGGCUACUCUCCCCCCUGAUGUUUCCAUAGGGCCCUGCCUGCGCCCUCACUCCAAAUGUUCUUGACUCUAAAAGCAUUCCAUAUCAUCUGUAUGACUAGGGGACUGUUCUUUUUUUUUUUUUGGUGGGGAGGGGGGG